AUGGGCGACCAGGGGUGGACCGUGAAUGAAUGGGCUGGCUGGCUUGACGGGUGUUCGUCGGUUGACACCCACCGUGGGCCGGACGCGAUGCCUACAGUAACCCAGCAUCUGGUAGUGUGCGGUGGUGGUAGGGGGGGGGGGGGGGGGGCGGGUACCUAUUGCCUACUUGAGGCACCGAACCGAUUGUUGUCCAACCAGGACGGUUGCCCAGGCGGCAAGCAGCCUCAAUGCGUUUCCUACUGA